UGUCCGCGGUGCUGAAAGCAGACUUCCCACGGCGCAGCAGAGAGAUGUGCAGCGUGUUCCGCAGAAACUAACCGCAGAAGACGUCACCAUGCCAUCACUCCCUCAGACCAAGUCUGUCCUCACCUCUGUAGCCAAGCUGCUCUUCAUCUAUUUCUUCCUUGCUUCCUCUGGCAUUAAUGGAGCUUCGCUCAGAGACUUCAGGCCGAAGGGAAAUGACCCAGACUCCCAGAGAGGAAAUGUCCACCAGACGCCUAAUGCGGACAUGCUGAAAGCCUUGCAGUACAUCGAGAGUCUCCAUCAAAGAUCUGGCCUGGACUUGCAGCAGCAUGGCCUUCCUGCAGGACAUGAUGUCACCCACAUGGACGACACUGAGAAACUGCAUGCCAUGCUGAGACAAAGCCAUGAUGAAGAGGAGCGAGAGGAAGAGGGACCAGAGGAUAAGAGCGAGGAGCUGCUCCAGGCUGUGCUCAACACACUCCAACAAACGGAGACUGCCUCCAGACCAGAGAAAACAGGCGUGCAUCGCAGCAUCAUGCCCCACAGGAAGAUGCCCUUGAUGUUUGAGGAUGAGGAGGAAGAUGAGGGGGGUGAGGAAGAUGAUGGUGAGGGACCCAGAUAUGAGAGCCCCUUUAAACGCACCAAUGAGAAUGUGGAGGAGAAGUACACUCCUCAGAAUCUGGCCACGCUGCAGUCCGUGUUUGAUGAACUCAACAAGCUAACUGGGUCAAAGAUCCUUCACAAACGGCAAGACGAAGAGGAGGAGGAUGAAGAAGAAGAUGAAGAUCUGUUUAAUGUGAGGAACGCAGCAUAUGAUGAUGGGGACCUUGGAGACUGGGGUCCACUAGAAGAGCAGGAUGAGGAGGAGGAGGAGGGUAACAAAGAUAAGGUUGAUCGAGGGCUCCAUUAUAUUGACAGCGAUGAAGAACCUAAUGAGGAUGACGAAGAAGAAGAUGAACAGCGUUAUCCAGUUAAAAGGUCAAGUGAUGCAGAUGACAUGGCCAACUUGAUGGACUACUACCUCCUCAAAGUUCUGGAGACAACAGAAGAGGAGAAGCAGAAACGGGAGGCAGAAGAGGAAGAGGAAAGGGCUGAGAGGAUGGUGGCUCAGACUCAGUACGGAGAAGACGUCGAUCCACGAGUCAUCUACCAGCUUCUCACCAUCUCCCAGAAAUACCAGAUCCCACCUGGAGACCUGAUGAACACGCUCAGAGAUGGAGACAAACAGCACAAGAGCAGCAAAUCAUUCAGAUUAGACAGCAGGAUCUCUCAGAUCCCUCACCAGGUUCCUGAAGAGAAACUCUACAGCAGACCCCCAUCUUACGCCCACAAGACCCCAGAGGAGACGAGAACAGAAGAAAUCCUCAAAAUCCUCGGCCUGGGAGGUGUGGAGGACUCAUCUCCCACCAGGAAGCAGAGGCAACACAAAACCUCACCAUCACGAUUUCACACUCUGCCUGCCGGGCGUCUGGGGGAAUCCGCUCCCACACAACGGCGCCCUCCAAACGCCUUCAGAGACGACUACGACGACACCGUGGAUGAGGAUGAGCUGGCAGCUUAUCUGGCGGCUCAGAUGCUGGCGCGGUAUCCCAACCCUGCAUUUAGCAACAAGACGAGCCAGAAGCGGGAUGACGCCGGACAGAGCGAAAUGGGUUCUUUUUCCAAGGCAAUAGAGAAAUAUUUUGAUCUAACAGACUCUGAUAAAAGUCCCAAUGAGAAAAGACAAACUGAGGAUGAGGAGCGAGCUGAAGAAACACAAACACAAGGCUUUGAGAGUGAGGCCAUGAUGAAACUGUUGAGCUUGCUGAACCCAGAAACCGAGGGAAGUGAUGCCAAAACUGCCAAAGGAGCAUAG